AUGGAACCGCUGUCUUCACCUUCCUCCACUAUCACUGCCCCACCUGACUGUCAUGAAAAUGCUCGACAGUUAGCAAAAAUGAUUGCAGAAGCCAUGAGCUGCCGCUUCGCGCUGUUGCACUAUGACAGUGCCUCAAAAUUGAUGAUGGAGGAGAAAAAGAAGCAUACAUUGAAGCGGCAAUGUGCACUUGGUGGAGUAGAAGCAUGCGGAUACCAAGUGAAGAUGAACGCGCACUUCCAGCAAGAGCCUUUGGCCGCCUUCCAGUACCCGCGAAGAGUUUUCCUUGUCGAGGUCGUAUACCUGGGCGUUAACACACAGCCCAUGGACGAACUUGAAGAGGCUCAAUCUGCGGUCUUAUUCAGGUCAUCCAGUCCCAUUCUUGUAAUCGAUCUCCAGGCUGAUUUAAGGGUUCUUUCAUUUUUACUGAAAGAUCGGGUCUACACUGGUGAUAUUUGGGAAAUCAUCAGGGAACGCACCAUAGAAGCGAAGCAAGAGGAAAUACUACGACAGCACCAGAGUAUCUGUGCGGAUGAGCCGAGGGGGAAAAGGCAUGUGGUGCUGGAGCAUCAUCUCAUGGAGGAGAGAAAGAAACGAAGUCAAAUGGAAGUGUCUUUGUAUAGCCGGGCCAUCGAACAUUUGCAACAGAACUGGAUUUCAGCUAUGCGUGAAAAAUGUGAAGCUUGGUUGAAGAGACGAGAUGCCUACCCUCUUGCAGAUGUGGAACCUUCGAUGAACAUUUGCUCUUUUCUGGAUUGCUUUACCCUGAAUCCAGCUUUCGAAUUCACUACUUCACACAGAGAUGGGCACACAUCCACCAUUUCCAAUUGUGUCGGAUCCUUAUUACCCAUGUUGAGCACAUGGGUCACCGACGAUGUCCAAGAGGUGUUCUACAGUGCAUUGCGUGCAGAACAAGCCUGUCAGACAGAGUUACUGUCAUGGCCACUUCCUGGUCCUACUUGCCCCCGCAACAUUGGGUUGGAAUUGGGUACCUUGAAGGCAAAGAUGUGCUGUGCUCAAGCUGAGACAUACCUUUAUUCAGUAGCUAUUGGAAAGGCCCGUGAAUCAGACUCAGACUUGCGUGAUGAUACUCGUUGGCGUGAUUCGAUCAUGAGUUACUCACCAACUGAUAUCUACGCAGGCGCAUCGCCGUCUUCCAAACGAUGUAUUCCACCACCUCUCACAGACGAAAUGUGUUCCUAUGACCAUGACAUAGACAAUGAUCGGGAGGACUCUGAGGCCUUCGAGGUUUAG